CGGGUGCUCUGCCAAGGGGAGGGGGCGCGCCGAGGUUCCGCGGGGGCGCUCGGUCCCUGGGGAGCGCACCUGCAACGACAGCCGGCGCUGCGGGGACACCCGGCGGGGCGUCCUGGGGGGAGAGCCUGACCGGGAAAGAAGCUCUGACCCACUUUCCUUCCCUGGGACCCUCAACAAAUUCUGCCCAGGGAAAAGUUCACAUGAAGCAGUGUGACUUGCUGAAGCUGUCCCGCAAGCAGAAGAGGCUUUGCCGGAGGGAGCCUGGCUUGGCAGAGACAUUGCGUGAUGCCAUCCGGCUUGGGAUCAUGGAGUGCCAGUACCAGUUUCGCAGUGAGCGCUGGAACUGCAGCCUGGAAGGACGGACUAGUCUGCUGAAGCGAGGUUUUAAGGAAACUGCCUUCCUAUAUGCAGUGUCUUCUGCAGCUCUCACCCACUCAUUGGCCAGAGCAUGUAGUGCUGGGCGCAUGGAGCGCUGCACUUGUGAUGACUCCCCAGACCUGGAGAACCGCAAGGCCUGGCAAUGGGGUGUUUGUGGAGACAACCUCAAAUACAGCACAAAGUUCCUGAAAAAAUUCCUGGGUCAGAAGAGGAUUGGCAAAGACCUACGGGCCAAGGUGGACAUCCACAACACCAAUGUUGGCAUCAAGGCUGUGAAAAACGGUCUCAAAACCACAUGCAAGUGCCAUGGCGUCUCUGGUUCAUGUGCUGUCCGGACAUGUUGGAAGCAGCUUUCGCCUUUCCAUGAAGUUGGACGACUCCUCAAGUUGCGCUAUGAUGAUGCUGUCAAGGUCUUCAGCACCACCAAUGAUGCUGUGGGCCACUCAGAGCUGGCCAGCCCACAGAGACACAGCCAUUCCACCAAGCACCCUGCUUCGCCCCGUGCCACUGACCUGGUGUAUGUGGAAGACUCCCCCAGUUUCUGCCGGCCCAGCAAAUACUCCCUGGGAACUGCUGGGAGGACCUGCUCUCGCGAGGGCAACUGUGACAGCAUGUGCUGUGGACGAGGCUAUAACACCCAGAGCCGGUUGGUUACCUUCUCUUGCCACUGUCAGGUGCAGUGGUGUUGCUAUGUUGAGUGCCAACAGUGCAUGCAAGAAGAGGUGGUCUACAGCUGCAAGCAGUAAAAUCAGCUCUAGAGGGUCCAAACAAAUCCUAGAGUACAAGAAAGAAGUAUGGAGAGUGGGACAUAAUUCUCUACUGUGGGGCAUCCAAGGACAUGGCAUCUUCUCUGGCUCAGCAUCAUGCUUUGGACUACUUUGAUGAUUGUACAGAACAAGUGCACUCCAAAGCCAGGUGUAACCCCCAUUGGUAUCUGCUCAGUUACCACAUGACAGGCAGAAGAGCUCGCUGGAGGUUAAGCAGCAAGGCUUGACAGUUAUUGUCCACUAAAGUGAGCAGCCGAGCCUAAUGUGUGGUCAUUCAUUACAGACUUUCUGAAUGGUCAGCUGCAGUAUUAGAGCUGGUCAAAGGUUUCUCCAAACAUUUACCAUCCAUUAAAAGCUAACCUUUCUGUGUGUAUAUUUGAGCUUUGAAUUCUUGAAUAGCUGCGGGCUAUGCAUAAGACUCAGUGCUUCUCUGGGGGUCUAUUACACUGUCAAACACAGCUCAGCCUUCCUAAACACCCCAGCAGCAUUCCUGAAGUGGACUCUCCCUCCCCGCCUCCCAUCACUCCUCCAGGAGGCUGAAAGCCGUGAACAGCUCGCUGGCAGCUGGACAUUCCUUAUGGGCACUGUCAAGUUUGCUGG